UAUUAUCUCUCAACUAAUGGAGACAAUACUUUCAAGCUCAUUCAUUUGACAAACGAUAUGAAUUCUAACUCUUAUGAACAUGACUUGGUACCAUUCCAAUUAUCAGCAGCUAAUGGACAGGAUAUGCAUAUAGGUCUUUCAGAUGCAGAUCAAAACAGCUGGAGUACUCUUAAUAUGAAGUUUAUUGGGUCUGGAUCUCCGUUCCUUGGAAAAAGCUCAGAUUCAGGUCUUCCUAAUGUUCGAACUAAAACGCUAACCGAAGAAAAGAAUGGGCCCAACUAUGGUGAAUCUGGAAUGACGGAAGGAAAAAUGCAAGCUAAAGAGCAUAGGAGAGACUUUGUCGAUCCAAAUCUACUGACCACGCCCUCUAGACUUUACCUCGAACUCAUACGGCCUUUGGAUUGGGAGAAACAAAAAUUAUACGAAAUGAUGUUGGUUGUAGAGGAUAGAGGUGUUCCAUCUUUGACAGGAAAAACAGACCUUAAAGUGAGUUUGCAAUUCCUAAUGGGUUAA